CCCCCAUUCAUUUUCUCCCUUUGGGGCGCCUCUUCUGCAUGAAGGUAUAAAGGGAGAUUUUCCUCUUUUCUCCCUCAAACUGAAGAACACAUAUGUAAAUCCUUGUUUUUCCUCGUGAGGCAGGGGAGGCCAUAGCCACAAUGCUUAACUGCAUGCAUCUAACCCAGGGCUGGUUUUAACCCCAGCGCUCUGACCUAAACUGCUCAGCUCCCGGAAAUUCCAAGGAACCCGGUGGCCUUAGUCCUUCAGGUGGAAUAGCGUGCGACAUGGGAAAGAAAACCAAGCGGACAGCUGACAGUUCUUCUUCAGAGGAUGAGGAGGAGUACGUCGUGGAGAAGGUGCUAGAUAGGCGUGUGGUUAAGGGGCAAGUGGAAUAUCUACUGAAGUGGAAAGGCUUUUCUGAGGAGCACAAUACCUGGGAACCGGAGAAAAAUUUGGAUUGCCCUGAGCUAAUUUCUGAGUUUAUGAAAAAGUAUAAGAAGAUGAAGGAGGGCGAAAAUAACAAACCCAGGGAGAAGUCAGAAAGUAACAAGAGGAAAUCCAGUUUCUCGAACAGUGCUGAUGAUAUCAAAACCAAAAAAAAGAGAGAGCAGAGCAAUGAUAUCGCUCGGGGCUUUGAGAGAGGACUGGAACCAGAAAAGAUCAUUGGGGCAACAGAUUCCUGUGGCGAUUUAAUGUUCCUAAUGAAAUGGAAAGACACAGAUGAAGCAGACCUGGUUCUUGCAAAAGAAGCUAAUGUAAAAUGUCCACAGAUUGUGAUAGCAUUUUAUGAAGAGAGACUGACGUGGCACGCAUAUCCUGAGGAUGCGGAAAACAAAGAGAAAGAAACAGCAAAGAGCUAAAGGAAGGGGUGGUCUCUGUCAUUUCUCUUUGUACAUAAUACAUUCACCUCCCUGUUUCCCCUUCCUUCUCCCCAUCCCCUUCUAUCCCAAACACAUCCAUAAAAAAUGUGCUUAUCACUGUGCUCCACAGGAGAAAUGUUGGUAUUGGUUCUCUUGUAACAUAACUGAUGGUCUGAUUCAUGAUAAGUGUCUCUCUGUGAAGACCAGGCAUUUACAUACUGUGUGUAAUUCCCAUAAUUUUUUCCUUUGCCCUGAUCUUUCUGCUCCCCUGUGACCUCAAGAUGAAUUUUAACUUUUUAAUCACCUUAGAGUCUUGAUCUUUUCAGGGUUGGUCACUUUUUAGAUUGGGGGAUUUUGUUACAGUGAUGAUGAAUUUUGGUUCUUUGAACAUGUUGAUGACCAGCUAGCCUUUGUUUUGAGAUGUUGGGAUGGAAAAGAUGGUGCCCAUCUUUUUAAAAAGCCAAUAGCAACUGCCUACCUGUUGGGGCUUUCCCAACUUCAUUCAGCUCUACCCAGGAGAAUACAGGGUUCCUGGUGUGGUCUUCUGGACCACCCUCUGUUGUUCGUCCUCACCCAUCCUCCCAGAAUAGCUCCAUCCUUUGGAGGACUUGAAAUUUUACAUUCAGAUUUGUUAAGGCACUCCAUUUAGCCCCAGGACUGUUGGCCUUGUUUCUUAGCAAUCCCUGCUUCUGCUUCUGCACGAUGGCGUAGUCUGUCAUAAAAUGACAAGAUUAUUAACUGUGGAGGUUUUUGGCUAUUAGUACAUGAGGAUGAUGGGUAGGGUUCAGUUGUCUUUAUUAUCACAUGUGGUAUAUAUGUAUUAUUUCCUUCCAUCCCUCACAUUUGGACUAUAUAUUUAUGUAGGUGUGAGUGACUGCCUGGUGCUUGCUUGUGCCAAGGUGCUAGGCACCCUCCAACCCUGCCAACUUUUGUGGCCUCCCAAAGCAUUCCUGUUAACCAAAGAGGCUUCAGACCUGUCCCUCACUUCUCAGUGGACCCAAGUUUCCUCUCCAUGUCAUUAUUUUCAGUGGGGAAUUCUUAGAGGGGAACCAUUGGCCACAAUACCAAUUUUAAAUAUUCAUAGCAUUUAUAGUUCUAAAUUUCCUGCUUUGUUGACUCCUGGAUUUGCGAAGAGUCCCCAAAGUAUUAAUGCUUUCCUCCUUCCACCCUCAAACUCUUAGUUCUGUCUUUUUAAAAAUGCAUUUCAAUGGAAGACUAUCACCUCAGAGAGUGCCAAGCCCUGGCAUUAGCAUGUUGACAUAACCUUCUCUCCCUACUCCGCAAAAUAUUUCCCUUUGGCUGCCUCCUGUUUUGCCAUUAUAUUGAGAGUUUAUUUUUCUGAUCAUAACCUUCUGCCUUUAGCUAUCAUGAGAUGCCCUAUUUCUCUUUACCCUUUUUUUCUUAGUUGAGGGGGGGCUAGAGAAUCAAGACUAAAAGUAAGGAAAUAGCAGGGUUUUGAGCAUCCUUGUCCCAGCCCCAAAGCUGAGGAAAUAAUAAAUGCUUGAAAUAGCCUUAACUCUAGAGUUCACCAGCCACUGAGGUUUUUGUUGCUUCGGUUUUUAAAACAUAGCUGUCUGGCAAGGAGCAUUCAACCAUUUCUAGAUUAUUCAGAGUUAUGAGGGGAAUGGAUAGAUUGCUCUAGUCCACAGAUGAGCCGAAUAAUAUGCAAAUCAUAUACCCAUUCAUAGCAUUUGUUAACAUUGCUUCCCUGCUUAGCUGCUGAUUGAAUUGUGUGCUUAUAUAAAUUAUGUCAAAAAUUAUACUGCACGGUUGGGAAGACAGCUGUUGAUGCAGUGACAUGACAGCCUGGAACAAUGAAGAUUUUGGUUUAAGUCAUCCAGGAAAAUCCUUCUGAAUGGUAAUGUGAUUAAGAACUCAUAACCCCAUACCUCAAAUGGAUAGGAGUUUUAUCUCCAUUUUCCUUUACUCUCUGAAGGAAUUAAAAGCCUAGAUCAAGUGCUAGGUAACUACUUAUCUAAAAGAAAGGAUGGUCAGGAAAUAGAGUUGUCAUACAGGCAACCAAGGAUAUUAGGGUAGACAAAGAUAGGACGAAAGGAGGCUAGAGCCCCUCUGAGGAGGUGAUCUGGGUCUCAAUUUGCAGGUGGAGAAAAUGACAGCUUAUCCAUGUAGCCAGUCUGUGUCUUCCAGGAGCAGUGGGCAUGUAAAUUACAGUGACCAUAUUUUUACCAAAAUCUAGCAUAUGGACAAAACAACAAUUUUGUACGAUGGAUGCUGAGAAACCUGGGACACGUGGUUGCCAGGGUUAUAGGCAAUAUUUAAGACAUCAAAAUUUUCUUUUAACAAAAUCACCCCAGUAUUAUCUAUUCAUCACCCCUUUAAUACCUUACUCUUCAUCCCAUUCAUCUUUUUCUGUCCACAGUUUAUUGAAUCAUGGUCUUGUACUGAGUGCCGCCAAAACAACUUUUGUUCUCUCCCUGCCUGUCCACAGGCUGCUUCUAUAGGAAUGUAGGAGCCAGAGGCCAGUGUGGAUUUCAGCCCUCAGCAGAAAGGAAACCAGAUGCCUGCCUCUGCCUCCGGCAUUUGUAAUGCUAAGGAGCUGUCCUGGCCCUUGGAGAAUUGCAAACUCAAACAGAAACUUGUUUUCACGAGGUUUUCUCCUUUCAGAAGAGUUAGUAGCCGUGGGCUAAGCACUCUUAAACAUCUAGGCCUCAGGUGCUCUAUAUUUUCCAUGUUUAGUCCUUCCAAAACAUUUUUCUAAUGAUGAAUUUCUUUAGUAAUCAGCAUUCACGGGUCUGUCUUUCACAGAAUAUAUUGUGGUAGACCCUUUCCCAGCAGAGCCUACCAAGGUCAGUGUAGUUGCUUUUCUGAGCCCUGGGCUGGGCUGUUGCCCUCACAUUAAGAUCAGCUGUUGGGGAAUAUCACCCUGAUGGAAGCACCCAUUUUUAAACUGGAGAGAGCCAUAUCAUUUUUCUUCUUGCAGUCCAGUUUUUUUCUGCUCAAGGGAGCCAUUUGGACCUUGUGGUGCUCCUUAACACUCAAAAGUCUUGAUGGUCCUUGGCUGUCCCCCAGCCAUAUCUGUGUGCCACUUUUUGUAGUUGAUGAAAGGUUGGUCCUGUUCCCAUAGCUUGGGCAGUUAUUCUUAACUCUUCAUUCCUGUUCUGUAGCCACCCUGCUGUCCACUUACCUUAUAUUCAGGUCAGAUCAUAGGGCCUUGGGGAGGUGCUUGGGAUUUUCAUUUUGUGAUUUUACUGGAUCUAUAUUUGACCAGCUCACCUAAAAUACAGAGGGAUCUGUGUUUGGGUUAGGGAAGGGUUGUCUUUGCCCUUAGGGUUUGAACUCAAGGGCCUAAAAUACUACUUAGCAAUGACCCCAGAGAACCCCAGAAAGGGUUGUGUCAUUAGAUUUGAAAUGUGGAAAUUGUUUCUCACAAAUUAGGUCAAAGGAAAAGCUUAUUUUGCACCCAUGGCUCCUUCCUUUUGGUUUAGAUUUUUACAGUAAACAGUAAUGUUGAGGUCUGUACCUUUGUAAUCAGGCCACCAAGCAAGCAUACCUGUAGCAAGGUGGAGAGAGGAAAGGUCUGGAUCCAGUGCAUUCCUGUUCAUGUUGGCGUUACCACGGAUCAUAAAAGCUCUGUUUUCAAAAAUAGAGAUGUUACCAGCCUUGCACCCAAGAGCAUCUGCUAAGAAUUGGGUGCUCCCUCCCAAUUAAUAAUGGUGGGUUUGUAUUGAGCCAUCCAUAUUUCAUCCACAUUAGUGUUAGAUCAACAUGCAUUCAACAAACAUUUUUUGGCCUGGGGGAUACAAAGUUCAAAAAGAUGCAGUCCAUGACCUCAAGGAACUCUCAUAAUGGUGUGGAAUAAACUAUUAAUAGUUAAGUAUAAUAAAUGUUUUAAAUGGAUACACAUUUCUGAUUGGGGACAGAGAUCGACAGCUGGUUGAUAUAGUUUGUGGCCCUUAAGUAAGUGGGUAACAUGGUUCAUGUGUGGAAAAGACCUACGAUUUUGGAUGAACUGAGCUAACUGGACAUAGAUAGACCACAACAAGGGCUUGUUUUAUUUCAGAAAAUAAAGGUAACAGAAGGUUAGUUAGCAAUGCUGCUAUUGCUGAGGGAACAACAGGUGAGUGGGGAUUUAGAACCCCAAAUUUCGGUCCCUAUUUUGUGCUCUUUGCCAAAGUAUUUAAUGGUAUAUUUCAUCCUUGCUCGUGGAAAGUAUUAACUAUAUUGCGGAUUCAGUUAUGUUACAUUAUUGUGGGUUCUGUAACAUUUGUUCCUCAUGGAGUAGCUCACACCUUUUUCAGUUUCUUACCCCUUUUGGAGGAAUUAACAUAAAGCUGGCUUUUAGCCUAAAACGGACAUUUUGCAAUGACAAGAGAUUUGCUAAAAAGGCAUCCUGGGGGCACAUCUGUUAAUACCUGGGCAUCUACUCUGGGCCGUGUAGUUUUAUUUAACACUGCAAGAGAGUGAUUUCUAAGCAGAGACAUGUCAAUUAUGUGGAAACCCUCCCCAAAAUCCACAUACUCUAGAAUUUUGGAUUUAAUCUAGGAUGGGGCCUAGCCUUCUUAAGAAACAGUCGGACCUUAAGAAAUGUUUUAGUUCUGACCACAAGAAAAAGCUCCUUUGCUUGGAUCAUUGAGAGUUGACUAGUAUUGGAAGUCAGAAUUCCCAGGAAUUAGAAUAACUUCAGGACAGUUAAAGUGUGAAGGCUCUUUGGAUAGCUUCAUAAAAACAAUUCUAGUUUCUUUUUGCUUGCGCUGGAUUUCUUGAAUUUUAAACUACCUCAUCUUGUCUUUAGAGUUACAUCAACUUGUCAUUGCCACUUUAACUUAAUGCUUGACUUUGGCUUUCUAAGAUGGAUUUUUUUCCUAUUCAUUGACAGCAUGUUCUCUUGCCUUUUCAUCCCGAUCCUCAUUUCACCUAACCAUCUCAUAUUGUUCCUCUGUCAGAGAAAUGUUUUAAAAUAGUUUAAAAUCUUGGUUUAUGGGAAGAAAGUGAUCCUCCAAAUGCUAUUUGUCUCUAAGAUCAGUAAGAGAAGGAGUUAAAACAAGUGGUGGGGGAGGGGACGGAACCUGCACUGGAGGCAACUGACAAGGGAAGAGCCAUUAAUUAAGACAAUUUCAAAGUCAACUGAUUGUGAUCAUUAAUGUCACAAUAGAUCAAAACCUAAUUAUCGCAGCCUAGGUAAGAGCCAUCAGUAUUAAUCAGAAAAUCUAAUAGGAAACUAUUAUCAAGAAAUUAGGCCAAAUUGAAUGCAAUGAACUUUUUAUCUUGCCAUUCUGUAUUUUUUGUAUGUGUGAUGUCCCCUGGCAUUGGCAGGUGUGACCCUCACGGUUGAUCCAGGCCCCAGUGGCCAGUUUGUCACACUUUGAGGAAUUCCAAACACAGACUGAACCUGAAAUGUCAUUCCCACUUUAAUCAGUCUUGAACUUGAUCAUCAUUUGGACUUGUUCAGUGUGAUUAGCAAUCAGUGAAAAAGGUUUAUAUUUAGGUCUUGGAAUGAUUGGUCCUUCCUAGAACUAGAGUAUCCCUGGUGAACACUACAGCCCGUGUGCUGAUAAAUCAUUCUUUGAGCUUCUGUAUGCAGACUCCUGCCACUCUAGCCACUGUGAGGGGAUACGGAGGAAAGGGGGGUGGGGUGGGCUUCCUGCCUGCAGAUUGAGAGAUUAGAGAAGAUCGAGUUUAAUCUGUGUCACAGCACUUUUAAGGCUCAAGUCAGUGUUUUGCAGUUUCUAGUAGCUUUAGUGUUUGGUUCUAAACCAGGGCUGGCUGUGGAUUUAGUUUUGUCCCCCUCGUUUUAAAAUAAGGGUCAUAAUGAUCUCUGUCAGAAUCUACUGUAAAUCCAAAGGAGGGGGGAAAGGUGUUUUAUGUUUUGCCUUUCUUUUGUUAAAGAGUUACGCCUCUGGCAGGAGGAAAGAAUAUUACAAGAGUCUUAUGACUAGUAUAGAGAAAACUUGACUCCUCCUCCCUGAAUUGAAAAGUAGGGGUCACCAUUUAUGUCCUUUAUCUUGAACUGUUGAUGAAGAUACUGCAACUCCUGCAGGAGAGCUGAGGCAGAAAAGGUUGGAGAGAGGCUGACCUCGGGGCAUUAUGGGCAGGGGAGCGAAGCAGCAGGAGGAUGGUCGGUGGUGCUAGGAUGUCUGUGCUCCCAGUUUAGCCUGUAAAUGGCGUUGCUGCUGCUGCUGCUGCUGCUGCUGCUGCCGCCACCACUGUUGCUGGUCCUUCCCCAUCAACCUUGAAGCUCAGAGCACUACCAAGACCAUUACUGGGGAAACCAGUUCUUAGCUUCCGCUUGAAUGUGGUCUUGUUGCUUCAUUCUGGAUUUUAAGAAUUUGGGUUACUUAGUACAGAACUUGGGGGAAUCAGUGUGACUUAGUCCUUCGCCUUAACGUUUAAAAUGUAAUUUUACUUUCAAAAUACCCAUUAACACAUGGCUUUCAGAAGCAGUUUGUUCCUCCAAGGUUCCUUGCAUUGUGCUUGAUGAAUAAUAGCCCUCAGUUAACACUUGUGAGUUGAUUGAGUUCAUCUUGUUUGCAGAGUGAGGGUACUUACCAGCUUCCUUCUGUUCCCAAGUGUGCUCUAGGGAGUGAAGUAAUUGAGUGGAUGCUGACUGUGCCAACCUCUUCAACUGAUUCACAAUGGCUGACCUUGGGCAAGUCACUCCUUUCAAUGCCUCAGUUCCCCAUCUGUCAAAUGGGGGUAAUAAUACUGACUACCUCACAGGGGUGUUGUGAGGCAUUGUAAAUCAAAGUUGAUAGAAUACUUUAGGGUCCUCGAUGGAGGAUGCCUUGAGCCGAAGUCUAGGCCUAACCUAGGCUUUAGCCCUCACUGAGCUGUCCCAAGGUUGGAACUACUUAGUGACCUCGGCACAGUCUGCCCGCCACCCCUCAUCGAAGCUGCUAGUUCAGAUGUUGACAGUGUUUUUGUGAAUGUUGGAGUCUUAAUAGUCCAGACUUACUUAGGAUGUUUUGGGGGGAAGGCACUUAGUAUUUUCUGUUUCACAUCCACAACGGGAGGUCAUUUCAGACCCAAGAGCAUUGGAUUAGGAAACCAUGAGGCAGAGAUGCUACUGCUUGUUUCUCCCUGCAAGCUCCAUGGGCUUGGAGCAGACACGGUGGGUUUGAUUUAUAUCAUUGCUUAUCCCUCGUGAAACUGACCCCAGGAGAGCUGGGUCACUGCACCCCUUCUUGGUAUCUGUACUCAAGCCUCCACCCUCCCUAUAGGAGCCAGCUGGUUCAAUAAAUGUAACCACUUCCUCCAGCCCCCACCAAAAAAGAGCCACAUUGGAAAAUGGUUUUUCUAGAGAUACGGUUAGUACUCAGAAUUAGGCAUUGAUUCUCUUUAAAGCUUCAUCCAAUUCACUACAUUCAGCAUCUCUCAUCUCUUUCUGUGUCCACAGUCUGAACCUGGCUUUGACCUUUUUUUUUUCAUCUGGUUUGGGAAAACUUUGGACACUUUCUAUUUUAGGUGUGAGCUUGAGAGCCUUACUUUCCAUCUCAGUUCAGGGGCCCAGCCAGCUCCUUUUCCCGAUAGGGCUCUUUCCUCUCCCUCUCCUUGGCCCUAGAUGUGUAACCCAUGAAGAAGCACAAGGUCCUGGCCCCUUGCUGCAGUCACAUUCUAGUUUUCCAUGUUUUGUGGACUUGGCUCCUUGGUUCAUCCAGCACUGGCGGCACCAGGCGGUUCUAUGGAGUUCUGGAGGCUGGAGAGCGCAGUCCAACAUCCUGCCAACUUGCCAGGAGUUGAGUGGUCUGGCGUUCCCACCUCUUCCCACAGGUGGGACCUAAGAGACUCAAGAGGCUGGGUUUCUCUCAGCACUCUGUACCAUCCUGAGUAGCAAAACAAAUCACACUUUGUAGCCAGGUUUCUGAACGGAAACAUUAGAAAUUGAAUUCUUUAUGGACUUUUUGGUUUGUGGGGGAGUCUUGGUUGUGUUUCUUGGUUUUAUUUCAGCCAAACAUGUCUGCUUUUGAUUUUUAAAUUUUUUAGGAUAAGUGACAUAUAUAUGUUCGCCUUUUAAAUGUAAAUGUUUAAAAGUAGGCAGUUUAUGUGUUUCCACAACUGACAUCCGAUGCAGACCUCAUUCUCUCCCCCUCUUCCACCCUCCUCUUUUCCCUCUUUUCAUAUUCUUGUAUUGGUUCUAAUAAAUGGUUGCUUUUCAAAUACG